AUGGGGUACGAAGAAGUGUCAAAGGCAUAUCGCGUUUACGACAUUGAAGCGGAUCAAGUGGUGAUAUCUCGCGAUGUCACAUUCGACGAACCAACGUUUGGUUUCUCGCCGACGCUACCACAAGAAAUUGUUGAUGACACUGCGCUGGAUAUCGAAUCGAUGAACAUCAGCGAUGAGCCUCACCCUAUGGAGUUCAAGCAAAUUGGAAAACGCAAAAGCCGUUCAAACAGCCAAGAACAAGCUCUACAACGGACACUUCCUGAGCGUCGUGGAACCGGGUUCGAAGAAGCAAGUGCACCGGAUGACUUUGAAACGCACCAAGCGAAGCGACGGUCAAGCGCUCGAGCAAAUCUGGACGAAGAGCGAAAGGGCAGUGACGAAGAUAACGAGGAUGCUACACCUCAAGUCUUUUGGCGAGUGAGUGUCAACGCAGUCGAAGGUACUGACUUGUCUGAGCCGACAACGUUUAAAGAUGCUGUUGAUGGACCGGAUCAAGUGCAUUGGUGUGAAGCAAUCUGUGCUGAGUUGGACUCGAUGAAACUUCGUGGCGUGCUUCGAGCGCCCAAACAGCCAGCUGGACAGCAUACCAUUGGCACCAAGUGGGUAUUCAAUAUCAAGCGGAAAGCUGAUGGAUCCAUCGAGAAAUACAAGGCGCGUCUCGUGGCAAAAGGGUUCAAGCAGAAAUAUGGCAUCGACUACACGGAGAACGUUUUUGCCGGUAGUCAAGUACGUGACGCUGCGCAUGAGAUGAAGGAAAAGGUAUUCUGCGCGAUCCCAGAAGGGGUCGAAGUUGAUGAAGACUUUGACUGCUUCGAAUUGUUGAAGGCGAUCUACGGACUAAAACAAGCAUCGCGCAUUACAAGUGGCGAGUGCGUGCUUUCGCUGGUAUACGUCGAUGAUGUGUUGGUGACUGGCAGCUCGACCGAACUGAUUAUGCGCACCAAGAGUGGCUUGAAGGCGCGUUUCGAAAUGACUGACAGCGGCAAGUGCGCAUUCGUGUUGGGCAUCGAGCUGGUGGACAACGACAACGGUAGCGUGACGAUGUGCCAGCGACGCUACGUGGAAGAUGUUCUCAAGCGUUUUGGCAUGAGCGACUGCAAAGCCGUCACCAGCCCAACAGACAUCAGUUCUUGA